CCUUACUGUAAUGGCCGCCUUCACCUAAGAACAGCUGAAGAAGCCACAGACGAGAGGGAUUAACUGUCAACAUCAAUUGGUGAUCAGAAUUAAACAUAAAAUAGAUGAUGUCGACCAUAAUCUUCAAGAAAGUCACUGACGGUGUGAUAAGAAGACAGAGGGUAUGUUGCUCACAGUUCUGGUCACAGAUGUCACGUUAUAUGGGUAGUAAUAAAGAAGAUACUGAAACAGAUACCACAGCAAAAAGGAACUCAAAACAAAGUCAAUCUCCAAAAAACGAAAAUGAGUCUGAACUUCAUCCCGCACAUGGUAGACGUGUAAGAAAAUCUCUGUUAACAAUGAGUAAAGGCAGCGAAUCGGAUUAUAAUUUUGUUCCUGGGCAAACGGAUAUAGCUAUUAUUGGAGGGGGACUCGUGGGUUCAGCUGCCGCAUUUUGGAUCAGGAAGCAAAGCCGAAAAGCAAUAAGUGUGACGGUUAUAGAGAGAGACUCCAAUUACGCUCAAGCCUCAAGCAUGUUGUGUGGUGGUGUGAGGCACCAAUUCAGUAUUCCUGAGAAUGUCCAAAUGUCCAUGUUUACCUCAGAUUUCAUCAGAAAUAUACACCAGCAUCUCGGCAUUCUAGGCCAAGAACCUCCUGAUGUACAGUUCCACCCUCAAGGAUACCUUUUCCUGGCCUCUGAACAGAGUGCAGAGGCCCUUAGUCAGAGUGUCAAAAUGCAGAGAGAACUAGGUGCCAACAUCGAAUUGUUCUCUAAAAGCCGCCUUGCUCAGAAAUAUCCUUGGCUCAACUUAGACGGCGUUGAAUGUGGGUCACAGGGAAUUCAGGGAGAGGGUUGGUUUGACCCCUGGUUGCUCCUUUCUGCACUGAAAAACAAAAACAUCAGUAUGGGUGUGAAUUAUGUGAACGCAGAAGUGGACGGGUUUUUCCUGAGUGAGGACAGGUUAACUGGACUCCAGCUAAAAUGUGCUGAUGGAACGUCAGAUUGCAUGGAAUUUUUGACAUGUAUCAACUGUGCUGGUGCUUGGGCCGCGGAUGUGGCCAGACUGGCAGGUAUAGGGACAGGUGAUGGACCCCUAUCUCUUGGCCUACCUGUAGAACCACGGAAGAGGUUUGUGUAUGUUACCCAUUGUCCAGAGGGUCCAGGACUAGAAUGCCCAAUGGUAGUGGAUACCACAGGAAUGUACUUUCGACCAGAAGGUUUAGGAGGACACUACCUUCUAGGAGGUAGUCCAUAUGAGGAUCAGGAACCUGAUGUUAGUAACUUAGAAGUGGACUACAGUUUCUUUGAUGAGGAGGUGUGGCCAAACUUAGCUCAUAGAGUGCCUUCCUUUGAAAAGCUUAAGGUGAAAAGUGCAUGGGCCGGUUACUACGACUACAACACCUUUGACCAGAAUCUGAUUAUAGGCCCCCAUCCUUUUCACAAGAACUUUUUCUUUGCCAAUGGGAUGAGUGGACAUGGGGUACAGCAGGCAUUAUGUAUAGGGCAUGCCUUGAUGGAGCUCAUUUUGUACGACAAAUUCCAUGCUAUUAACUUAGACCUGUUCAGGUUUGAUAGGCCUGAACCACUGCUAGAAUUGGGAAUAGUGUGAGAGGUUGCAGAGAUCUAAGUUGAACUUAGCUAUUGUACUGGAAUUUGCUGCAUGAUAUUUUAUAUACAUGUAUAGAGUUUAGGGGGCAUUUGCUAAGUAAAUUGUGUGAAGAGGAACUAAUAUCAGAGACUAGUAUAGUUUUUAAAAAUACCACUCUUAUCAACCCUAACAAACAUAAAUAUUUUAUCAAUUUACAUGGAAGAUAUAUGAUUAAAAAUACUCCGUCAUGCAGUUACAUGUAGUUGUACAUGUGUGUUCAAUAUCAUGAAUGUGUGUUCAAUAUCAUGAAUAAAGUCCAACAAUGCCAGAUAUAAACUUUUUUGAGAUUGGGAUAUGGAUUUAUAUGUUCCAGUCUUAUAAUGUAUGACUGUUUACAAGGCCCCGUAUACAAACCGUAUUUAUAUCUUUAUAUUUACCAUUGUAUGGCACUGCCACUAUAUAACCCUACCAAUUCAGUUGCGAGUUCACCAGCUUAUGAACUGCCAACUGAAA